AUGCUUUAUGCAAUUUUGAAUUGGAUCCUGAAAUACCCCGGGAGCUGGUAGAGCAGGAAUGAAGACAGGAGGAUGCAUCUUGUUUGUGAACAAAAAUAUCUUUGCAUUUUCUGGUGGCAGACGUGGUCUAUCGCAAACUCUGUCUUUUGUUUUUCAGACACCGAAAUAGGCAUGAAUGGGAUGGCAUCAGAUCACAACACUUCUUCCCAGGAAGAAUACCUCCCACGCUAUCUCCAGAAGGAAGACCCCUUUGCAUCAAAGCUUUCUAGAGAAGCUGACAUUGUAGCUGGGUUUUAUUUGACCGUAAUUGGGAUUCUUUCAACUCUGGGAAAUGGGUAUGUUAUUUUUAUGUCCUCAAAGCGAAAAAAGAAGUUGAGACCUGCUGAGAUAAUGACUGUUAAUUUAGCAGUGUGUGAUCUGGGCAUUUCAGUUGUAGGAAAACCCUUUAGUAUAAUUUCCUUCUUUUCUCACCGCUGGGUGUUCGGAUGGAUGGGCUGCCGCUGGUAUGGAUGGGCUGGUUUCUUCUUUGGCUGUGGGAGCCUUAUUACCAUGACAGCUGUCAGCCUGGAUAGAUACCUAAAAAUCUGCCACUUGUCCUACGGUACCUGGCUUAAGAGACAUCAUGCAUUUAUCUGUCUGGCAAUAAUCUGGGCCUAUGCUACGUUCUGGGCUACGGUGCCUUUUGCUGGUGUGGGAAGCUAUGCCCCCGAGCCGUUUGGGACCUCCUGCACUCUGGACUGGUGGCUGGCACAGGCUUCGGUGGCUGGACAGGCUUUUAUUCUGAGUAUUCUUUUUUUUUGCCUCCUGUUCCCCACUGCAGUGAUUGUGUUUUCCUAUGUCAAAAUCAUUUUAAAAGUCAAGUCAUCCACCAAAGAGGUUGCUCACUAUGAUACCAGGAUUCAGAACAGCCACAUACUUGAAAUGAAGCUGACCAAGGUGGCAAUGUUGAUCUGUGCAGGGUUCCUCAUUGCCUGGAUCCCUUACGCUGUGGUCUCCGUGUGGUCAGCCUUUGGACAGCCGGAUUCAGUUCCCAUUCAGUUUUCAGUGGUACCAACUUUGCUCGCAAAGUCAGCAGCCAUGUACAACCCAAUUAUUUACCAGGUCAUUGAUUGUAAGUUUGCCUGUUGCCGGUCAGGUGGAUUGAAGACACUGGAGAAGAAGAGCUCUUUGAAGAAAUCGAGGAUGUAUACCAUAUCUGCACACAGAGACUCAACGGCAAUGAACGAAACCCAAGUGGAAGUAUGA